UACAAAAAUAGAUACUUGUAUUCAGCCUUUGUUGUAUGAUACAAACGAGGAUGUUUCUCUGAUGCUUACGAGCCAUAACAAAUGAUUUUUAAUUCGGCAUGUAUAUUGGUAUAUUGCAGUGCAAGCAUAAGAAAGAGGCUGAGUAAAGAGCAGCCAGCUGAGCCUUUUUUUGUCUACUUGCUUGCUGUACAAGGGAAGCAUUUCGAUCUCCUGGCUAUUUUCCCCUUUUCUUUUUGCUGUUUGUUAAACAUGAAGAUAUUCGCAUAUUGUAACGCGCGCCGGGCACGCACACAAAAAACAAUACGCGUCAAGGAGGAAAACACACACACACGCACACCCUCUCAGCCGCUUUUCGCUUGUGCCCAUUUCGGAUGGAUAGUCCAUAAGGCGCAGUGAAUGAUUAGAGCACCAUUACCGUACGGCCAGCAAUGGUAGAAAGC